CUGAUGCAGCUUCCUCUGCAGGUGGGACAGGAGACCACCACAGUGCCUCGCGCUGCGGUCCCUCGAGGAGCGAUGACGGAGUAUAAGCUCGUGGUGGUGGGCGCUGGAGGCGUGGGGAAGAGUGCCCUGACCAUCCAGCUCAUCCAGAACCACUUCGUGGACGAAUACGACCCCACCAUCGAGGACUCCUACCGGAAGCAAGUGGUCAUUGACGGGGAGACGUGUCUGCUGGACAUUCUGGACACGGCCGGCCAGGAGGAGUACAGCGCCAUGCGGGACCAGUACAUGCGCACCGGGGAGGGCUUCCUCUGCGUGUUUGCCAUCAACAACACCAAGUCCUUCGAGGACAUCCACCAGUACAGGGAGCAGAUCAAGCGGGUGAAGGACUCGGACGACGUGCCCAUGGUGCUGGUAGGAAACAAGUGCGACCUGGCCGCACGCACCGUGGAGUCUCGGCAGGCGCAAGACCUGGCCCGCAGCUACGGCAUCCCCUACAUCGAGACCUCGGCCAAGACGCGCCAGGGCAGCCGCUCUGGCUCUGGCUCCAGCUCCGGGACCCCCGGGACCCAGCGGCCCCUCGCGCUGGCGUGGAGGACGCCUUCUACACGCUGGUGCGCGAGAUUCGGCAGCACAAGGUGCGCAAGCUGAGCCCGCCGGACGAGGGCGGCCCCGGCUGCCUGAGCUGCAGGUGCCUGCUCUCCUGACGCCGCCUUGCCCCCCGAGGGCCCUCCUGCUCCUCCGCCAGCCGCACAGGCCCGGGCCUGGAGGGGCCGGAUGCUGGGAGGAGGUGCAGACGGAGCAAGGAGGGGGAAGGAAGGAAAUGCCGCCGGAGCCCGGCCAGCCCAGGGUCAGUGGACAGAGUGACCGCAGACCUCCCAGGACGCUGUGCACAGACUGUCGCGGACUGAUGCCACCGGCACCGCAACCCGGCUAUUCCACCUCCCAGCCCCAUCCUGGCCCGUCGGGCACAGGUUCAGUUGCAGUAAAUUAUUUGAUGGUCUUGA